AUGGGUAUCCCGCUGGAGCUGAGAGAGGCGUGGACGAGCAGAAGGAACCAGGGGCGGUCCCUCUUGAUAUCGUCUCCCAGCGAACCCCAGGUCUCAGCCUCCGACAGCGCCGUGAAAGGUGAAGCGGCAGGCUGUUGGUACACAGCUGAAGUCCGAUAUCUUCUGUUUGUCGCUUUUUUGUUCGUUAUUCCCGAAAUUUGAAUUAGUUAUAUUGUAAUUCGUUCAGUCUUGGUUCCGAUCGUGUAGCUCUCUCUCGUAUAGUACUGAGAUUCGGAAAUUUUCGUUCGACUGCGUUAUGGUGAAGUCUUGAAUUCCUAGUUUCACCACUAUAAUUUGUUAGUGUUGUUGUUACAAGUUUCGUGCGCUUCCUGCCUCGUCGUCCGCAGGGCGAUAUCACUUGCGCCAUGAGACUUGAUCAAUAUAAUUUUCCCUUGGCAGACGCUGUCGUUGAAGGUUUUAAGACGGCUUGCAUUGCAGGCGUUGUUGUUGCGGUACCAACGGUACGCUUCUGCCUUUCACGUCUUCUUCUGUUGUGAGGUCGUCUUGUUUGAGGCCUGUCUUUUACAUAUACCUUCCUAGGAUCUUUUAGUUCUGUUACGUAGAGGGUCUAUUAGCUUCAGUGACUCGGAUCUUCAUUUCCGUAUUAGGUGGUUAACUAUUGGGCAGCGUAUAUUUCCUUUUUUCAUUGUAAUUUUUGUUUGUUUCUUCAUUCUUUCGUGUUUUUAGUUGGUUGCUUGCCGUGUUGUUCCUUGGGCUAAAGCUAACCUGAACUACACUGCACAAGCGUUGAUCAUAUCAGCAGGUACGACACAUUUUCUAUAUAUCUAAGUUUCAAUUAACUUCAAAGAACUUCAGCCACACAUUUUCUAUUUCACCCUUCUCCUAGACUCAUUCGCUGCCUCAAAAACUUUUUAGUUUCGAUUUCCUGGCAACCUAAGUUGGAAAGCCCUUUUGAUGGGUGCUAUGGAGACCUGGUGAAGAGUACUCGGACAACCUAUCUUAAAGAAUUUUUCGAAGGGUCUUAUUUCAGAUGUAUGAAUCGUAUUGUAAGGUGGCAUAUGGGAACGUGUGAAAAAUCUCUGGGAAGGUGGUACUAUUCCAUGCAGAGCUCAGAUGUUAAUGGGAUUGAAUCAUGAUAAAAUUUUUAAGAUAUAUAAAAUCUGAUUGUUGAUAAUGUUGAUCGAAAUCUGCUAUAUAAAAAAUUUUCCCCAAAGAACACAGGUGUCUAUGCCAAGUGAGUACUGUGGCCUGAUUUUCAUUUCUUCGUUUGGUAUCUGUCUGUCCUCCUACUACAUUGACGUGUUCAGGUGAUCACAGAUUUUCUGUGAAGAUUUUUCUCUGCAGAAUAAUCCAUAAAAGGAUGGCUCCAAUGCUUUUAAAUGUUAGUCCGUUCAAUUUUCUUGAGAUUUUUUAUAGGGUUGCAAUAUAGCAAGGCCUUUCAGUUUUUCUUCAGAGGUAUUCGCUUUACAGUGAGAAUGUUAUGAGUAGAGCUUUGAACACUGGUAGCUGGCAUAUCUGGUCAAGUGGUGACCUUGAUUUUCUUCAGGUUGACCUAUAUCACUAAUAGCCUUUCCGUUACAUUUUAAUGGAAUGUAGCAAUUGCUGCAUCAUGAUAGCUCUAGAAAUUCCUGCCCCCAGAUGGCAAUUAGUUCUGAUGCUUAGGCUCUUCCUGCCUGCUGUGGUAGCAACUCCUAGACCUUUCAGUUCUGAAAGCCUCAGCUUGAUCGACAAUCAUUUAUUGUCUGUACGUUACCAUAAAACUCUCUGGCGAUGGACUUUUAUGUUUAGUUUAUGCAACUGAGAAAGAUUCCUAUUUGUUACUCGCUAUAUAUUUCAAGGGAAACUCCUUUCUCUUUUCCUCCCUUUCAUCAACGGGCAUGGCCUCUAUUGAAUGAACUAUCAAGCUUUUUAAUUAUUGGAUCAUCGUCUUCAUGAAUAACAUGAGCAGCUGCCGCCUAGAUUUUCUCCCAUACAGCUGACUUCCCUCAUCUUUUGUGGUCUCCCCGUUUCUAUUAUGCUGUAGGUCUGAUCUGUGCUUCUAUGUAUGUUUAUUAAUUUAUGAACAUUAAUGACAUAUUACAGUAUAAUUGUGUCUCAUUGAGGUAAUAAUUAGCUAGUUAGUUAAUUCUAGUCAGUCAGGCCCAUAUCAUUUCUUUUUUAGACGUUAGGGUAUUACCCUGCUGCAUGUGCGUGCUAGAUAUGACAGGACAAAGAUAAAUAGUACUGGGAGACUCAAUAGCCAGUUGACAUCACAACAGGUAGAAAUUUGGCACAAAUCAAUUUCCACCCACUUGAAGUUGCAAUAUUGCCUAUAAGCUAAAAACCAACUAAUAGACAGCCUGGGCCCCCUACGAUUGACUUUGUACCACUCAGUCUCAAAAUCCAACUGGGAAUACUUCAGGUUACCAAUGUAAGAAGCGAUGUGAUACUCAUGGCACUUGUCACAUGUUUGUUUGUUACUGUCAUGUUUUGAUUCUCUUUUCACUUGGAAAUUGCAGAUAUGUUUGUAAUUGCUUGUCUCUCAUCGUCAUCGUCAUCAUUAUCCUCUCUCUCUCUCUCUCUCUCUCUCUCUCGCUCGCUCUCUUGUUUGGCAGCUUCUAUUUCAGGCUUUUUCAUUACGGCAGACAAAACUAUCUUGGAGGGUGCCAAGAAAAACUCCCGUGCAAGGUUAGAUAAAGCAUGA